AUGGGUAAAGAAGAUUUGCAAAAAGUUAAGCUUAAAAUUGGUAGUGUGGUAAAAAAUCAGUGGCAGAUAUUACGCCGAAUCGGACAAGGUGGUUAUGGCCUAGUUUUUCAAGUAGUUAAUAUGCAAAAUCCAGUUCAAAUGGCAGCCAUGAAAACGGAACCGGUUGGAAUGCUUAACGAUGAUCAGAUUUUGAAAAUGGAAGUACAUGUUUUGAAAAAGUUAGACAAAUCAAAGCAUGCAUGCAAAAUUUAUGCGGCUGGAAAGGGUGACAAUUAUUAUUUUUUAAUAAUGACUUUACUAUCAAAAUCAUUAUGUGAAUUACGAAAGCAUUGUCCAAAUCAGCGUUUCACAUUAUCAACAUCAGUGAAAUUAUGUAUUCAAUGCUUGGAAGGAAUUGAAGAUUUGCAUAAUGUUGGAUUUAUUCAUCGUGAUAUUAAACCAUCAAAUUUUGCUAUGGGUCGUAAGCCAUCAGUAAUGCGUACUGUAUUUAUGCUUGAUUUUGGUCUUGCUAGACAGUACUGUAUAUUUGAUGAGAAAGGUAAUAUGAAAUUACGUGAACCACGUAAAACUGCACCAUUCCGUGGUACAAUUCGAUACUGUUCAAUAAAUGUUCAUCGUCACGAUGAGCAGGGACGUCAUGAUGAUUUAUGGUCACUUUUAUAUAUGACAGCCGAGAUGAUACUUGGCACUUUGCCGUGGCGUAGCAUGGAUCGAGCACAUACUGAAAAUUGUAAAACAAAUUCUGAAGAAAAACUUAUAUCAAGUUUACCUAUGGAAUUUCAUGUUUUUUUAAAGCAUCUUAAAAAAUUAAACUACAAUCACAAACCAGACUAUAAUUUAUUAAAGUCACUUCUCAAGCAAAUCCUGAAAAAAGAAAAUCACAGCUUAGCUGAUCCAUAUGAUUGGGAACCUAACGCUAAAAAUGCUUCAAAAUUCAAUCGAUUCCCAGCACAUUUAAUGAAAUCAAAAGCAUCGGAUGAAAAAUUUGUAAUUGACAAAAGUGAAAAAAGUGAUGUAAAUACUCGAAUGGGAAUUAAAACUAUUAUGGAUGAGAUUAAUAUCACAUUAUUGUUGAAAGAAGAAGACGAAGAAGCUGCAUCACCUGUAAGCGGUGUAUCACGAUCGGAUGAUACAUUACAAAAAUUAGAUGAACUGAAAUAA